AACUUAAUAUGGAGAGAAGAAGAAGCUUGUUGGUUUCCACACUAAUGGUGUUGUUCUUUUUCAACAUUCACCAUCUUCAGGUUAUGAGCUGCCCUGAGCCAUUGGCGUCGAACUGUACGGAUCAAGACAGGAAAUUAUUGGAGUUUCCAUUGAAUUUGGAGUAUCUUGAAGCUGAGUUUUUCUUGUAUGGAGCUUUAGGGUUUGGUCUUGAUAAAGUCGCACCAAAUUUAACAAUGGGUGGGCCAAGUCCAAUUGGAGCUCAGAAAGCUAAACUUGAUCCUUUGACAAGAGAUAUUAUUUUGCAAUUUGCUUGGCAAGAGGUUGGCCACUUGAGGGCAAUCAAGAAAACGGUGAAAGGAUUUGCAAGGCCACAACUUGAUUUGAGUAAAAAAGCAUUUGCGAAAGUGAUGGAUGAUGCAUUUGGAAAAAAAUUCAUACCACCAUUUAAUCCUUAUGCUAAUUCUUACAAUUACCUCAUUGCUUCAUAUUUAGUCCCUUACGUUGGUCUCACCGGCUACGUUGGCGCUAACCCUAAACUACAAUGUCCCGCAUCAAGGAAGUUAGUAGCAGGACUUUUGGGAGUAGAAUCAGGGCAAGACGCGGUCAUCAGAACAAUGUUAUAUGCUAAAGCGGCACACAUAGUAUAUCCUUAUGGUAUUACUGUUGCGGCUUUCACGAAUAAGAUCUCCGAACUAAGGAACAAAUUGGGGAAAAUGGGUGUGAAAGAUGAAGGUUUGGUCGUGCCUAAGUCCAUGGGAGCAGAAGGACAAAUUCCCGGAAAUGUAUUGGCUGGUGAUGAGAUGUCGGUUGCGUUUGAUCGAACUCCGGAGGAGAUUCUAAGGAUUGUGUAUGGAAGUGGAAAUGAAAGUGUUCCUGGUGGAUUUUAUCCUAAAGGAGCUGAUGGAGAUAUUGCCAAGUCUUAUUUGGUUAAGUCU